AGAUCAGGCUGCCCUUAAUCUUGCACUAAGCCUCUGCCUCCCAAGUGCUGAGAAUACAGAUGUAUGCCACUAUUCCUUGCAUGUGUGACAGAUCAACAUAUCCCUUUGAUGAUAGUUUUCCUGUUUCCUUCCCAGUCCUGUUUCCAGAAGUCAUGUGUUCAGUAACAUUCCUGCCAGCGGUGACCUCAAAUAACUUUUAGCCUGGGUCCUAAAGAGCCCAUUUCCCACGUCUAGCUGUUCUUAGUUUCAGCCAUCAGUGUUGUCUUCUGGUACAGGCUUCCCACUCCCCCUCCCUCCUUUCUCACCCAUCAUCUCUCCUCACCCUGGGUUCUACUCAACUGGUGUGAUCAACCCAAUCACUCAGCAGCCCAGCAAACCCAACUAUCCUGGGAAGGAGUACUUACCCUUUCAUGCUCUUCCAGAUUAGAGAAAGUACCUUUCCCUGUGGCAGGAGGGAAUUCUACAUCUGUUAGGCCUUGUGAUUGAUCUGGGGGAACCGAGGGGAGAAGGGAGUUUGAACAGGGAAAAAAAUUCUUCAUAGGACUCUUCCUUCCCUCUGCCGUCCUGGGCAUGCCCCUCCUCUGGGCAUCUCUUCAGGAUUUCAUUCCUCCGUCCAACUGCCGUUCACAACUGCCCUUUCCAACUGCUCCAGAACUCUUGGCCCUGGCGUUCUGUGAUGUAAAUUAUUCCACGCAUGGCUUGAAAUGGGUGAGAAGCAGGGUUGCCAGGUGUCGGAUCACUAGUUUGUCAUGGAUGAUGAUGAUGACUCGUGUCUCCUUGAUCUUAUUGGAGACCCUCAAGCAUUGAACUAUUUUCUGCACGGACCUAGUAAUAAAUCGGUAAGUGACAGGCAAGUGUCUCAGACAGACAUCGCUUUCGACUCUCCACACUCCGCCAGUAACCACCAUGUUGAAUUCGCCCCUUUGCAGAGCAGCGAUGACUUGACAAAUGCAGGAUAUUCUGCAGCCAAUUCCAAUUCAAUUUUCGCCAAUUCCACGAACGCUGACCCCAAAUCGUCCCUCAAAGGUGUAAGUAACCAGCUUGGAGAAGGGCCCAGUGAUGGACUGCCACUUUCAAGUAGCCUUCAGUUUCUUGAAGAUGAACUUGAGUCUUCUCCUCUUCCUGACCUCGGCGAGGACCAACCCUUUGACAUUCUUCAGAAAUCCCUGCAGGAGGCUAAUAUCACUGAACAGACGUUGGCAGAAGAGGCGUACCUGGAUGCCAGUAUAGGCUCCAGCCAGCAGUUUGCACAAGCUCAGCUUCAUCCCUCUUCAUCAGCAUCCUUUACUCAGGCUUCUAAUGUUUCUAAUUACUCAGGUCAGACACUGCAGCCUAUUGGAGUGACUCACGUGCCUGUGGGAGCAUCGUUUGCAAGCAAUACAGUGGGUGUGCAACAUGGCUUUAUGCAACACGUGGGGAUCAGUGUUCCCAGCCAGCAUUUGCCUAAUAGCAGCCAGAUUAGUGGCUCUGGGCAAAUACAGUUAAUCGGGUCAUUUGGUAAUCAGCCUUCCAUGAUGACUAUUAAUAACCUAGAUGGCUCGCAAAUCAUAUUAAAAGGUAGUGGGCAGCAAACCCCAACCAAUGUGAGCGGAGGGCUUCUGGUUCACAGACAGACUCCUAAUGGCAACUCAUUGUUUGGGAACUCCACUUCCAGUCCCGUAGCACAGCCUGUCACCGUUCCAUUUAACAGCACAAAUUUUCAGGCAUCUUUACCUGUGCAUAACAUCAUUAUUCAAAGGGGUCUUGCACCAAAUUCAAAUAAAGUCCCAAUUAAUAUCCAGCCAAAGCCGAUCCAGAUGGGUCAGCAGAGUGCGUACAAUGUGAACAGCCUGGGAAUCCAGCAGCACCAUGUACAGCAAGGCAUCUCCUUCGCCUCAGCAAGCUCGCCCCAGGGCUCCGUGGUUGGUCCACACAUGUCUGUGAACAUUGUCAACCAACAGAACACAAGAAAGCCUGUCACCUCGCAGGCCGUGAGCAGUGCAGGGGGCAGUAUCGUCAUUCAUUCCCCCAUGGGCCAGCCUCACACCCCUCAGAGUCAGUUCCUUAUACCUACAAGCCUCUCUGUCAGCUCCAACUCUGUUCACCAUGUCCAGACCAUAAAUGGGCAGCUUCUUCAGACUCAGCCCUCUCAGCUCAUCUCUGGCCAAGUGGCCUCAGAGCAUGUCAUGUUGAAUAGGAAUUCUUCUAACAUGCUCAGGACCAACCAACCGUACUCUGGACAGAUGCUUAACAACCAGAAUGCCGCCGUCCAGCUAGUGUCUGGACAGACUUUUGCCACCUCUGGAAGUCCAGUGAUCGUCAACCAUGCCUCUCCUCAGAUGGUCGGAGGACAGAUGCCCUUGCAGCGGGCUUCGCCGACUGUAUUACACCUGUCACCUGGGCAGAGCAGUGCUUCCCAAGGAAGACCAGGCUUUACCGCCAUGCCUUCAGUGACCAGCAUGUCAGGACCUGCUCGGUUCCCUACUGUCAGCUCAGCCAGCACUGCUCAUACCAGUCUUGGGUCCACAGUGCAGUCUGGGGCAUCGGGAUCAAACUUCACUGGAGACCAGCUGACACAACCAAACAGGACUCCAGUACCAGUCAGUGUGUCCCAUCGUCUUCCAGUCUCUUCUUCCAAACCUACCAGCACUUUCAGCAACACACCGGGAACGCAGCAACAGUUCUUCUGUCAGGCUCAGAAAAAGUGUUUGACCCAGCCCUCUCCCCUUCCCACGGCCAAGACCACAGACGGCCUGAGGCAAUCACAGAUCCCUGGGCUCUUGAGCACAGCACUGCCAGGACAGGAUUCUGGAAGCAAAGUUAUGCCAGCAUCCUUGGGGACCGCACAGCCACAGCAGGAAAACACAGUUGGAUCAUCCCCUAGCCAGACAACUGUGCAGGUGGACAGUCAUUCGGGACAGAAAAGGCCUGCCACCAAACAGCUAACUAAAGGAGCUUUCAUCCUCCAGCAGUUACAGAGGGACCAAGCCCAUGCUGUGACACCUGAUAAAAGCCAGUUCCGGUCACUAAGUGACACAGUGCAGAGACUGCUCUCCUACCAUGUGUGCCAGGGCUCCACACCCACAGAGGAAGAUCUGAGGAAAGUGGACAAUGAAUUUGAAGAAGUCGCAACUCAGCUCCUCAAAAGGACCCAAGCGAUGCUGAACAAAUACAGAUUCCUGCUCCUAGAAGAUGCCAUGAGGAUCAACCCCUCUGCUGAGAUGGUGAUGAUUGACAGGAUGUUCAACCAGGAGGAAAGAGCUUCCCUGUCUCGGGACAAGCGGCUGGCGCUCGUGGAUCCUGAGGGUUUUCAGGCCGAUUUCUGUUGUUCCUUCAAAGUUGACGAGGCCGCACCUGAGGCACCACUUGACAGGAGUGACCAGCAUCGCAGCAAAACCAGCUCGCUGCAUCAGGCGCCCAGGAGCCAAAGCAGAGACCGACCCAAGGCAGGCAUGGCAGAAGCAACGAAUCAUGACCAGUUUCAUCUAGUGCCUAACCACAUCGUGGUCUCUGGAGAGGGAAGCGUUUCUAAAAAGUCAGAAGGCCAUGGUAGGACACUGAAAUAUGACAAAGGGGGCUUAGGCCAAUACCGGGGUGCACCUGAGGACAAGGGCAGCCGGAGGGACCCGGCCAACGCCAGCGGGUGCUCUCCAGGCCCCGAGGGCCACCGCAAGACUAUGCCCAGGCCAGAUCAUGGCCCCGAGAGCAAGCUCCCGGGCAUCCUGGCCAGUGCGCACCUGGAGAUGCCGUGCCUCGACUCCUUCCAGGACAGAGCCCUGAGGAAUUCCCCAAAGAAUGAGGUUUUACACACAGACAUCAUGAAAGGGUCAGGUGAGCCCCAGCCGGAUCUCCAGCUCACCAAGAGCCUAGAGAAAACCUUUAAGAACAUUCUGGAACUCAAGAAGGCGGGACGGCCACAGAGCGACCCUGCGGCCAGCGGCGCCAUGGACCUUGACUUCCCCAGCUUUUCUCCAAUGGCUUCGCAAGAAAACUGCCUGGAAAAGUUCAUCCCAGACCACAGUGAAGGCGUUGUAGAAACGGACUCCAUUUUAGAAGCAGCUGUAAAUAGUAUCCUUGAGUGUUAGUAGCAGCCGUCCUCCCCCAGACCCCACCCCGGACCAGUUACAUUCGCUCCCAGCAAAGCAAAUGGAAACGUCUCCUGUCUCCAGCCUGCUUGGUCCUCCAUCACAGGUUAUUCUUUCUAAUCUCGACCCUGUUCUUUUGAAGAGCAAUACACGUCAUCGUGGCUGCAGGGAGACCCCUCAGUAAACCCACCUCUCCCUAGAGAGCAGUCCGAUAGGCCCUACACAUUUCAAGUGUUAGGAAAGUGCUUAUGGCCAUUGUUGUUCGUUCAUUUGUUCCUAGUUUGUUUGUUUGUUCAGCACCUGUCACUCGAUGAGACCGCAGUACACUGGGCCCUGGGUAAAAUUUUGACAAUCAUAAGUCAUUUCAAAAGAACGGACUUAUUAAAGAAAAAUCAAACAGGACUGAUAGAAGCUACUUUUUUAAAGAAUGUCUCACUGCAGCUCCAAACUAGUGGUUUUGUUUUUGUUUGGGGGAAAAGGGUGUUUGUGAAGGGAAGUCCACGUGACUCUCCUCCUUGCUCAAUGCUCUCUGAGCAGUGGGGAGCCAGUUGCUCUGCCUGGAGCCCCACAGCCCUGGCCUGAGACGUGUCUGUAGCAAAUAUGCAGAGCAUUUGUAGGCCUUCCCUCUUGAACAUCCGAGUGUUUACGUGAUGCUGCUGAAACAAAACCUUUUUUUAUGUUUAGCACAUCCAUGUUGAAUUCCGAGAACGUCUAUUCUUAGCCCCCUGGUAUGCAGCUUAGUUCUCUGGGCUCAGUAGGGAACAAUGGGAACCAGUUCAGAAUCGGCGGGCUGGGGAGGCUGCUGCAUUAUAUAAUCCGGUGAAGUCAACAUACCUUGUGUUUGUGAUUGUUGCUGAAUUGUUUGUUUAACCUCUUUGUCUCCUCGUCCUCAGCAAAUAGCCAAGCAUCAAGAGUGCUGUCACUUGAAACCUUUUUCAGUUUAAACUUUUUAAGGGGACUUUGGCCUUGUUUAUGCUUCCUGCUUCUGAGAACAGUAGUCAACACUGGCAUUGGUCAUUCCACCACAGUAAACCAAGGGCAACAGCCUGCAUGCCACCACCAGAAAGAGCGGGGGACCCCCCCACGUGGGUGGCCUACGUUUGAGCCUUCUGUUUUGUUUGUAUUCUUUUCGGGAAUGCUCCCCACUUUCCCUUCUUGUGGGCCUGUCCCAGGGCAUGAUGCUUCUGUUGCUUCUUUCAUUCUUCAUGUCAUAUAAACCAUUGCUGGGAAAGCCAGGUCAUGGUGCUGUGUGUUUGCACACUGUUCUCCUGCCACACCACCCACCUGUCUGACCCUGUGGGAUCUGUGAGGGCUUUCGUCCUCUGUUCACCCCCCUGGCUGGAUAAAUGCAUCCAUUGAUUUCCACUUCAUUGGAUCCCCAAAAUGGAGUUGUCCCUAUGGUCAUCAUGUUGACUGUUUCUUUUCCAGAUUGGUCUGCAGUGGAAAGGAAGGCUUUUGAUUUUUUCUUUUUCAAAUAACACAGCAACAAUCUAGGCAUGUUGGCACACACCUGUAAUCCCAGCAGUCACGUGGCUGAAGCAGGAGAGUCAAGAGUUCAAAGCCAGCUUGGGCUACAUAAAUACACCCGUCUUAAAAGCAAAACAAAAGAAAUCAAGCAACAGCAGACUGUAUGUUCCCUUUCUACCCCACUGUCCAUCCACUACAUAAAGAACCCCGUGAGUCAGCCAGUCUUCAAGAGAGCAGUGUACCUUCUCCCAGCUCACAGCCUAGCCAAUCGAAAUAGUUACCCUUUUCCUUAUUUGUGCCAAUGUCCAAGUUGCUGGCUUCCUUCCUGUAUUAUAACACGUUAGAAAGAUGAGUUGUUUGCCAGUUAGAACUCUCUGUUUGGGCCACCCUGGGCUAACAGCCUGCCCUGAUCCCUCUGACAUCACAGGCUCUUCUCAUAGCCUCAUGGUUGCCUAAUUCAAGAUGGCCCCUGGAUGUCUGCACAUGGCUACUAUGAAUUACAUUAAUUAUUGCAAAUCAGUGGAAUUCUUGAAACAAGAAAAGUCUUGUGUAUAUUUGUUACCAAUUUCCUCCCCCUCCAGCCCUUCUCCCCCAACCUUAGCUUUCCUAUAUGUCAAAUCACAGGGCUUCUAAGUCCUAGCAUUGGUCCCACAAAUGGAAAGCCUAACGUACCAAAAUGAAACUUGUAAAUUUUUGUGUCUUUGUAUGUAAGUUUACUUUUUAACAGAGGAAAGACUCUAGAUAAUGACAAAUGAAGAUUACAAAAUGUAUUUUACUCCUGUGAUUAGGUUACACCAUGUGGGUGAGAACUCAUGUGUGAGCCCCCUCUGCUGAAGGAAAGCACCCUGCCUCAGUGGCCAGCAUCUGGUGGUUCAGGUUCAUUAGUCAGUUGAGUCCUUGUGCUCAGUAACAAAAAUCACUUUUUCUUUUCUUUGUUUUUAAUCUGUUUGUUGUUGUGGGAAAGUAUGGAUUUGUUAUUACGCAUUGAUUUUCUGUGUCCUUAAGUACUGCCUAAAGAUGAAGCAAAUUUUGAACUGGCAAUUACGAAAAGGAAAUCCUUUCGCUCUGGAGAAUUUAGUAGACUCUGUUAGAUUAGGGAGGCCUCACAGGCUGGCCGGCUCAGAGGACGGUCACUCACUGUCAGUGUGGUGUGGGCUUCAUUUGCUUAAAUACCUUCAUUUGUAUAGUAUGUCUCACUUGAAAUUGCUUUGUAUACAUUUUGUAAAAAUAUUUAUAAAAUGUUUUGUAAAAAAAAAAAGUAUAACAAAUUGCAGUUUAUUUUGUUAUGUUGGAUAAAUACUGUUAAACCAGUCAGUACCUAUAUUGUUAAUCCAUGGUUAGGAAAUGUUCAGUUGGAGAUUACAAAAUGAAACAACCAUUGCAAUACAGCCAAAGAUUUGGGAAAAUGUG